AAAACCCGAAAUUUUGACAAAGGUUUGACGACGUAGAAAUGUCUUGCUUUGAUACUAUCGAAGGGUUCUCUGAAGAAGUCGACCCUAAUAAAAAAGACUUCAUCCUAGAUACCGCCCUGGAAUGUUACCAGAACGAGGAGGAGCGCAGAGACAAGGAGCUCAAAGAGUUUAUAAAUGACUUCGUCACCUCUCAGGAAUAUGCCGAAUACAUUGAAGCCAAAAGGAAUAUAUUCAAGCGUUGCAAGAGCACCCAAUACGACAUAAACGAUGUCAUAGUGGAACUAAAAAAGAGGGAAACCGUUGAAAAGUAUCCAUUAACAGAAGAGCAAAAGAAAAUGUGGGCUUUUAAGAGGCAAUUCGAGAAAUUCACCGAGAGGCAACGCGUGGAAAGCGAAGUGAAAAAACAAGAGAAAAGCAUCCAAAUGAUCCGAUCGAAGAUCAAUGAGGCGAGACGCGUCUACGAAUGUACCAACGAGGAGGUGCAACGGAAGAAGCGAAAUCACGCGGACUACUUAAUGGAAAAGUACUCGGCCAAGUUUAACAUAAGCGGGCAUGCGUACCUAAGUCUUGUGGGACAGAAACAUUUGCUCGAAAGGUUCAAAGUUUACCAUCACACCCUCCAUAAUAGGAGCAAAAAGAGACAGGAAAACGUAAGGAAGAUCAUUUGUAAAAUAGUGAAAGAGUAUAAGUUGAACAAGGCUAUUGUCGCGAAAGAGAAGAGACAUUUGGAAUAUCAACCUAGAAAAAUGGAGAGGAUCGUUGAAGGGAUGGACGUUGUUGGCACGAAAGUUAAUUUAAUUGAUACCACAGUUAAGCCUCCUGAAGUGGAACCAGUGGAGCCAAUAAUAGAACCGGAAGUGGUACCGGAAAAACCGAGCAAAAAGAAAAAAUCAGCCGGAAGUGAAAAAAGUAAAAAGGAAAAACCCGCGAAAAAAGAAAAAAAGAAGGGCGGCGAAAAAAAGUCGCAGAAGGAAAAGAAGAUCCAGGACAAGGAGAAAAAAAAAGAUCUUGAUAAGCUGCAAUUCCCAAUAGUCCCGAGGGUGAAUCCCAGACAGAAAGUUCUUCCGGAAAACCUGAAGAACCUGCUGGAUCUUGUAGAAGAGUUUCGAGAAUUCGAUAGUAAAUUGGAGGAUCGGGACAUAUGGAGGAGGGAACACCAGUAUAUCCUUGGUGACGGUGGUGUGACCUCAAAACCGAACUGCAUCGUUUUUCAAAAUUUUGAUAAGGGCAAAACGUACAAGAAAACUAUUGUUUUGACCAACGUGUCCCUUCAAACAAGGAAAAUCCGCUUUGAAAAGUUCGUUUUUCCCGAUAAGUACGACGAGGUGGUUUUCGCGGUCGAAAAUUUCGGUAUCCAGAAACUCUUUAUCGGAUGCAAAGUGAAGUUCUACGUAACCUUUCAACCUUACGAUUGUUACAAGUGUUACGAUGGAAAAAUUGUGUUUUUAUCAUAUGACAACCGGAAAUGUCAGUAUUACCAGUUUGAAGUGGGCAUAAGAUGUAUACCGAAAUAUUCGGACUUGAAGAUAUUCCCUGAGGAGGUUGAUUUUGGGGCGAUACCCAUGUGGCAAGCGGCUGAACGAGAACAUUGUAAAGUCCUUAAGCUUCAAAAUAAAGGCACCAAACCGUGCAAAAUCUACAUUAAAAAGAACUUUGAUCCCCUGGACAUUGAGCAUUUGUUAGAGGACGAAAACAAAGAAAACGUCGUUCCACUGGAAUCUAUCGCCCCUACGACAAGCUACGAAGAAAUCUCAGGCAUUCUGGACGAUUGCCUGAAAAACGUUGAAAAUUAUUUUCAAUUCGAAACUGGAUUCUUUUCACUGGGCAUCGGUGAGAUCAAGAAACUAAAGGUUUUCUUCAAAAACGCCUCGUAUAUCGGCAACUAUUUCGAGCAGUACACUCUCGAGGUCUACGAGGAGUUCUUGGACGGAGCUUUGAACACUGCGGGCUGUAAGGUGUUGCCAAUCACAGCAGAAACCACCAGCCAUUUCCUCACAACUUCUCCGGAAGUUUUGGACUUUGGCACUUGCAUGUUAAACUCUUGCUACCAGUUGACUUUCGAAGUCACGAAUAAUUCUACCAGUAGUCAAGCAGUCGCCAUAAGGGUGCCAGCUGCUUUGGGUGAUACCAUACGUUCCGCCCCUGCUAUGGUUUACUUACCCCCUAGGGGGAAGAGAACUGUGUUUUUGAAAUUUAAUCCCAGGGAUGUAUUAUUCCGAGAGUCCAGAUGCCAAUUCUACGACCGCAGUUGUUCCAUUUUGGAGUAUUGCAUCCAGAUCUGUCCGGUUUCAAAAAAAUCUCAGGAUUACCCGCCGGUCAGAGUGGCUGUAUACGCCAUUAUAGCGAACUUCGAAGACUUAAAUAUCUCAUUUCAUACCAGCAGUAAACACAUGACGAACUUUUUAAACACAUUGCUCAUCGAUAUGGGCGAAUGUUCGAUAUAUGAACAAAUUUGGGCGGAAAUCUCUUUGACUAACAACACGUUCGUGACUCAGAUAUGCGGGUUUAUGGACCUACCACAGGCUGUGACGUUGGAGCCUAACUAUGGCUUUUGCAAAUUAUAUCCGGGACAGAGAAAGAAGUUUAAAUUGUAUUUUCGGCCGGAAAUACGGGAUUUUCCCAGUUACACCGUGGGAACCUUGAGGAAUAGUAAUUUUUUCUUUAAACUUAAGGUUGAGACGCUUUGUAGCAUGGGCCAAAUCCUUAGGGAUAUGGAUUCAAACAGAAUAAAAAGCUCCAUGGAAAUGAUCAAACAACUAACCAUGGAAAGUGAAGCGGAAAAUUAUUCCAGCAUGAUGGGGUAUGUGACGGAAUUGAAGCUUUUACAGCAGCAUCCCACCACUGAAUCAAUGUGUAUUCCAGAAGGUUCGUGUGAACGUGUAAACAGCGUAAUAGCCGGUGAAACUCACCCCAGCACCCAGAUCCACGUGAAAAGCGUCGACACCCUCCUCAACUAUCAAAACUUCGUUAUCGUCGAGACUGACAGUCGCAGAGAGAUGUGGAUCAAGAUCAACUUAAAGAGACCAAUGGUCGAGUUUUCACAUCAAAUUGUCGAAUUUCCCGAUACACCUUGCGGAUCACACUCAGUAAUGGAAAUAAGACUGCACGCCCUCGACAAAGAAAUGGACAGAUAUUGUAGGAAAAAGAAGUCGACCUUGAGCUACAAAGUUCAGUUUCAGAUUUUGGGCGAUAGCAAGGAGAUAUUCGUGGAGCCAUCUUGUGGCAUCCUGAAGGGUGGCCAGUCGGUCAAAAUUACUUUGGUAGCCCAACCGAUGGUGCCUCAAGAGAUAGUGGAGGAAACAGCGAGAAAACUGAAAUAUUCCGAAAUCUACGAGAUGAAACUGAAGGAAUAUACAGCGGGCAAAAAAGGGGGGGAGAAAAAGGCUAAGAAAGGAGCAAAAAAAACAACAAAACCGGCAACUAAUAAAGACACCAAAAAGGGUGCUAAUAGCAAAGUCAAGAGCGAAGCGACAAACGAUGACAAAAAAGAUGUACCAGCUGACCAACCGAAUAUAGUAAUAACCGAAAAAGAGCUGGAAUGUGACUAUUUGGACUACUAUCCAGCCGAAAUGGUUUAUUGGAGGAACCUGGAGCCUUACUACAUCAGCGCCAAUUUCACUUGUUUAUUGGAAUAUGAACAUGAAACCAUGAAAAUGCAUAAAAGGAUAGACAAGAUAUUUUUGGAAGCCCUAUGCAAAGUCACCCGGCCGGACUUUAGUGUUAAUUUAAACUUGCAAAGGAUAGACUUCGGCGCAUGCUUAGUCGGUUCGGCAGUAAGGAAGAACAUUAUCGUGCAAAAUAUCACUUACCAAAACAUCCAGCCUCAAAUGUCCCUCUUGAACCCCCUGGGGUUCUUCUCCAUCCCUUACAUAAGAGACCUCACGGUUCCUCCCGAGCAUACGCUGAUACUUCCGGUGCAGUUCAGGCCGACUUCCGCUGAAACCGUUACAGAGUUUGUGGAACUGAAAUCAAACGCAACCACGAUUCCCUUGAUAUUGUGCGGAGAGGGUUGUGAAGCCUUUGUUAAAAUAACCCCCGAAUUUGAGGUUUUUAGGGUGGAAACCAAGGCUAAUAAGCUUGCCGAGAUACAACUAAAGUUAGACAAUCAAUCUAAAGCUGAAGCCACGAUAAGCAUAAAAAAACUGUUUGAAAUCGAAGCCAAAAUGGCGGAUGUGGCCGAGCUCGAAAAGCAACAAGAAACCUUAAAAAGUGCUGUCAAAGAAACUACCGAAAAGGAUAAAAAAUCGGAAAAAUCAAAGGAUAAAAAGAAGAUAAAAGAAAAGAGACCUGACAAGUCAAAAGGACCUAAACACUCGGACAGCUUGACUGACAUGGAACUGGAGGCCGUCAAUGUAUGUUUCUUAAAAGUUCAAGGGGAUUCCCACUUUAAAUUCAAAUCAAACGAGUCUGAACUAUCGCUGCCUCCCAACAGUGCUUCUCACUUAACUUUAUUAUGUGGAGAGCCAGGGCAAUUACAAAGGAAACUGGAAACCGGCAAAAAGGUGAAAAAAGAACUUGCUGAACCUGAAAAUAAAACACACUCGACGAAGAAAACUUCAGCGGAUCCCGAGGGGCUUGCAGAGACCAUGCAAUACAUUGCACAGUAUAAUAUGUCUGUAGGAAGCCAGUUUAUUAAAAGGUUAAUUGUGAUAUGUACUAUUAAAUGUUAAAAGUUU